AUGUCACGUCGUAUACCAUCAAUUAGAUCGCAUGCAUCAUUGGCUGCCUCAGGCAACCAGUUCCGCAAGUCUGCUCCAAUUGUGCCAGACAAUGGCAUGAUCAGUUUAACAGACACGGAUGGUGAGGAGGUGAAGAAGAGUGCCAAGGAGUCACCGCCACCACAAUUUAAAUGUGAUGCCGAUGGUACGAUCAUCAUAGACUCUGACACCGACGAGGAGCACGGCGCCGAUGUCAUGCUACCGUCCACUGCUAUCUCGAGUCCUGUAUGCGUGCUGAAGCAAAGAGGUCGCAAUGAAAUCCCUAAGUCGACUGCGUUGCUCCAACACGAGGAUCCGGUCCUGAAUGAUCAAGCAGAGGACGUGCUGAUGUCCGUAUCAGAUGGGCCUCAUGAGCUGAGAUCGCUGCCAGUGGAGAUUUCAACACUCAAUUGUUUUGAAGAAACAUUCUCGCCGCCACCGCCAAAUCCGGAGCAUUCAUCAUCGAGGAUCAGAUGCAAACUCGGGAUUUGUGUGCUGACGGAGGUAAUGAGAUACCCGAACAAGCUGAAGGCAGACACGACAGUGUUCCUACUCCCAACGGGCAAGAUGUCCCUGCCAUAUCAGGUAAAUGCGGCGAUUUAG